UGCGCCGCUCAGGCGGCGACAUUGACAGCGUUUUGUCGAAUAUUCUCGUUCGCCAUUUUGUGAAUACCGCAGUAUUUAGAGUUAAGUAACAAUCGUGAGGUCAUCCCGGGGGAUAGCAAAUCCUGUACGGGAUGAUGUCGAAAACUAAAACUUUACUGGGUAAAACCCCACUGAAAAAUCAUGAUUCUGCUAAGCCGGUGCAUAUUCAAAGGCUGGAAUCUGCGGUGGACAUUCGACCGUUUGUCACGCAGGUGGAAAAGUUCUUAAACUCCGAUGGUAUUACUGACAGCGAUGACGAAUCUGAUAAGUCGAUCGUUAACGAGACCGCAAAAGGAGACAAAUCUAUACGUGGUGUACGCACGUCUAAGAAAGACCGUCAGGGUGAUCGCCAACGUCUGUAUAAUUUUGCAUCAGUGGGCACAGAAAGAGAGUGGAUUCGCAAAGCUUUGCUUUCUUCAGAAUCGGAAGUUAGUGAUGAGGACACACCUGCAGGAAAAAAGAAAAGAAUUAAAAGGCUUUUGAAAGAAAAAACCUUUAACAAUAAAUAUCUUAAAGACUACUAUAAAGAUGCAGGGCUAUGGACCCCUCCCCGCGCUUCUCCCGUAACUCGUUCGGUGCCCAUGCAGCUAACAGAUUCAUGA